ACUUGAAGAGCUCGACCCAUUGACGUUCACGGACUUCCAGUGGACGCCCGUUCCCUUGACCGGACGAUUGCCGAAACCGCAUUGCAACGUGCUUAUGGCACAAUUGCGGGACUACUUGCACACUGCAGUACCAGCUCCGUUGAUGGACGUCGGAGCAGAGGUUGUCGACCUUCACGCUUUCAUCGCGAAGAUCGACCGCAAGUUCAAGACGCAACCGUACGACGACAUCGACGCAGCAUUGCUAUACAUACGCAUUCAGAUCGGAGAGGCGACCUGCAGUGCCUUGAUCGAUUGCGGAGCAUCUCGCAACUACAUCAGCCAAGACUUCAUGGUACGCGCCGGCCUUGGCCCACGUGUCCGGAGGAAGUCCCAGCCUACGCAAGUCACUCUGGUAGACGGUCAUACGCACAAGUCCAUCGACCGAUGCAUUGACGUCGUCCCAGUGUACUUUCCCCCCCACGCAAGUGAGGCGGUGCCCUUCGACAUUCUGGACACCAAAUUCGACAUGAUCUUGGGCAUGUCAUGGCUGCGAAGCAAGGACCACCCUGUGAACUUCUUCAACCGCACCGUUCACGUUCGUGACCAGAACGGAGUAUUAGUUCCAUGCACGGUGCAUUUUCCUCAUCCUUCAAUCAGCUGCCACGUGGUAUCCGCCGCAAGCAUGCGAGCUUCCAUCAUCAGAGACGACAUCGAGGAGAUGGGGGUGUGUUUUCUCCACACCCUCCCGCCACAUGACGCUUCAUCGACGGACUCACCUUCGAAUCCACGCAUCACCGAACUUCUCGACGCCUACAGCGACGUGUUCGAAGACGCGCAUGGAGUACUACCGGAUCGAUCCAUCCGCCACGAGAUCAUCCUCGAGGACGGGGCCAUACCUCCGCGCGGUUGCAUCUACCGAAUGAGCGAUGAAGAGUUAAGUGUGCUUCGGGCACAACUCGACGACCUUCUAGGGAAAGGCUGGAUUCGGCCUAGCUCAUCGCCAUACGGUGCUCCUGUUCUCUUCGUCCGGAAGAAGAACAAGGACCUGCGGUUGUGCAUCGAUUAUCGCAAGCUCAACGCGCAGACGAUCAGGAACGCCGGCCCUCUCCCACGCAUCGACGACCUUCUCGAGCAAUUGGGCGGCGCCCAGUUCCUCUCUAAGUUGGGUCUCAAGUCAGGGUACCACCAACUCGAGAUUCGCAAGGAGGAUCGCUACAAGACCGCGUUCAAGACUCGGUAUGGGCAUUUCGAAUGGCUGGUCAUGCCAUUUGGCCUUACGAAUGCCCCAGCCACUUUCCAAGUGGCUAUGACGACGGAGUUCCGACACAUGCUGGACCGUUUCGAACUUAUAUACCUCGACCACAUUCUGGUUUACAUCCGGAGUCUGGACGAGCAUGUGGAACACUUGCGCACCGUUUUGGAGCGGCUACGACAGGCCAAGUACAAAGCAAACCGCGACAAGUGCGAGUUCGCACAGCAGGAGCUGGAGUACUUGGAACACUAUGUAACGCCGCAAGGCAUCCGUCCACUUGCGGACAAGAUCGAGGCCCUACGAGUAUGGCCCGAGCCCACCAACACCACGGACGUUCGUUCAUUCAUGGGGUUGGCGGGCUACUAUCAGCGAUUCAUCACCGAAUACUCCAGGAUUGUUGCACCUAUGACGAGGUUACAGUCGCCAAAGGUGCCAUUCGUAUUCGAUGACGRCGCACGCCGGUCAUUCCAAGCACUUAAGAUGGCUAUGCUCAUGGCAGCCGUCCUUAGCAUUUAUGACCCUACCCUGCCGACACGAGUGACUACGGACGCUUCCGGCUAUGGCAUUGGGGCAGUCUUGGAACAGCACGACGGCGACGACUGGCACCCUGUGGAGUAUUUCAGCCACAAAGUGCCUCCCAUCAACUCGCUUGAUGAUGCAAGGAAGAAGGAGCUGCUCGAAUUCCUGAUGACUCUCAAACGCUGGCGGCACUUCCUCCUUGGGCGUCGUAGGUUCACAUGGAUCAUAGACAACAAUCCAUUGACCUACUAAAAGACGCAGGACACGGUGAGCAGCACGAUUGGACGAUGGAUGUACUUCAUCGACCAAUUUGACUUCACACCAAAGCAUGUCCCCGGC